AUGGAUUACGUAGAAGAACAAAAUUCCGAAUUGGAAGCCUUAGAAUCAAUUUAUUGCGGGGAAUUAGAGAUAAAAUCCGAAGAAUACGAUGGGGAUAAUGGAGAAGGUUUAGCAUGUACAAUUAAAUUUACAUUUACUCCUAAAUAUCCGGAAGAGGUUCCGCUAAUAGAAAUUAUCGAAGUGGAUAAUUUUAGAGAUAAUUACGAAGAAGAAUUAGAAAAUAAAUUAUUAGAAGAUGCCAAUGAAAAUUUAAAUAUGGCAAUGAUUUUCACAUUGGUGUCCACAGCUCAAGAAUGGUUGAAUAAUAAAUGGGAUGAAUUUAAAAGAGAAAAAGAACUCGAAGCCGAGAGACGACUCAAAGAAGUAGAAGAAGAAGAAAUGAAAAGAUUCGAAGGUACGAGAGUUACGGUUGAAACUUUUUUAAAAUGGAAAAUGGCAUUCAUAGAAGAAAUGGGACUUUUAAAAAAAGAAUUAAAAGAAGAUAAGGAAUGUAAAAAGUUAACGGGUAAAGAACUUUUUAUGCAAGAUAAAACAUUAAUCGAAUCUGAUUUGAAAUUUUUGGAAGAUAAUAGCGAUGCUGUUAAAGUUGAUGAAUCAUUAUUUCAAGAUUUGGAUGAUUUAGAUUUGGAUGAUGCAGAACUAUCAGACAAUUAA